AUGCCGAACUUGUUUGGGAGCGCAUCGCCAGAUCAACCGCCCGCUGAUCUACACAACAAGCCGCAAGCUAAGACGCCGCACCGCAGCAAGACAGAUGCCAUGAACAGCGUAUUUCGGACCUUCCGCGCAUCUAAGGCUCUGAACCAGGUUCUAGGCAUCAGAGAUCCUGAGCCGUUUGUAAUCCCACCAUCCAUGCCAAGCGACUUACCAGAAAGCUUCGAGUCUGGUAUGUCCGAUUACGAACAAAUUUAUGCCACUGACGUGUUUGCUUCGAGACGAAGUGAGAGCUUCGCAACUUAUGUGCCAUCUCAGCAGAGCAAGACGGCACUGACAGAGAUCCUGGAGGAGAAGGAAAGCCCUGUGCGCGCAAACCUAACACAGGAUAGUACGACCAGCGCCAGCAGCAAGCUGAAGAUCAACGUUCCUGAGUGGACAUCUGAGAAGCGGGCCGUAGCGGUCGCUCAGCAAUACACCUUCGUUGACAGCGAUAGCGACAAAGCCAGCGAUGCUGCGAGUCAGCACACAUUUUAUGCAUCUGGUGAGGACUACGGCUCAUGGCAAUACGGAUCAAGCACCACGCUCGCAGUGAGUGAUGACUCGCGACCAGGCAGUGCUUCAAGUGGACCCUCGCUACCGCCAGUAUCAUUCCCUCCGCGUACGAGCUCGCUCCUUCCGUUUCCCAAUCUCAGUAGCAGCGACGUUACUAUUUCACCUUUGCGUCACUCGACAAGCAAGAAGCUGCUGUCAGGACUGCGCCCCACUUGCUCUCGACACAUCGCGCCAGAAACGAGUAAACAUGCCGACAGAGAAUCUUCCGGUUACCUUUCAAAAAAUCCAUCAAUCUUGGAGAGAUAUGGAUCGUUACCAGUUCUCUUUCCCUCUCCAGGUAUCGCGCCCGCAAUAAAUAAGUCUAAUCAUAAUGAGAUCGCUCGCCGUUACGCUAGACGGUAUGUGGAAGCCAACGGUGCUCUCGACGACAGUAGUGUGCAAUCCAGUCAGUACACAAGCUCGUCUCCUCCGCCUCAUAUCACCAUCCAAGCACCAUCACCAGUAAAGUCGACAAAGUCAAAGAAGCGUGCGCACUCCUCAACGACCCAGGAAGGAUUCGGUCCGCCUAUGGCGCAGCGCUCCCGCCACGACAAAACCACAGGCUUGCCUGUACUUCCGCUCGAUGCAGAAGCAGAAUGGAAGGCUGAAUUCGCAGGAAACACUCACGCGCUUCUGACCAUUCUCCUGAUCUGGUCACACACCAUUUGGGCCUUGUACCACCGACUUCACGAUCCGAAACUCUUCUCCAUACAUUCAGCCUUCGCAUACCCCAUCACACCACCAGUGAGGAAGCAACUGCUCUCCGUGAGCUUUUAUGAUACCAGCACUGAGCCACACAAGGAGGUACGGUUCCUUGGUCCUGGCGAUGCUGCUGAGAUGUCAUACCACGAAGUCGACGUGUUCGAAGACCCUAGUCGUAAGGAAGCACACUCAUCACCGCCUCAGUCUAGCUCUCCGGUAGGCAUCAUCAAACAGACCUUCGGACUGACUGGCAAAGCAGCACCUAAGCAUGUCCGUUACGUGAGCAUGUCGCAGCGCGCAAAGACCGGCGAAGGGCGAUGGUGCUACGUUCUCAUCAAAGGCAACACAUCUCCAGAUAGAAGCACGCCACCCCAUCUUAUGCUUGCCUGGCAUAUCAGCGCCGUCACCUCCACGAGCGACUGCCUUCACACCAUCUACCUCGAUGAUGCCAAGCCUCCGACUCUGACUUCGACUCCGACGCAAAACAAGGUCAAGCGCUUCUCAUCUCUCCAGAACCUUGGUCAAGCACUGCGUCAUUCUGCAAAGUUCAACUUCCACCACAGUCUUCGAGCAGCAAGCAGUACUUCUGAGCUCCCAUCGGUUGAUCCGUAUUCGAUCGCUGAACAGCAAGAGGGCGAGACAUUUCAUCGUACGGUCAUGAAAUUGGAGAAGGCUGGAGGCAUUCCGUUGAUUGAGGGAUUUAGAGUUGACGUUGUGGCCUUUAGAGAUUGGAUGGAGGCCUGUGGAAAGGGGAAGGGAAAGGUGAUCAUGUGGAGGGAAAAUGAUGCAUCCGAGGCGUCAUUUGUGCAGAGGUUAGACGCCAAGGAGGAUUAA